AUGAAUAUUCGUCGUACUUACAGUAAUUCCUAUCACCAUGCUGUUGAUCCCAACACGGUUAAUGUUCGUAUUCAAAGUGCUUCUACCUCAGAUUUAAAUGUCCAAGAUGUUUCAUCUGAUAGUGAAAGUGAUCCAUCAUUAUCAGCUGUUUAUAGUUAUCAGCGAGACAGGGCAUACUCUUGCAUAAAAAUGAAUCAUAAACAACAACGUCACAAACAACCAUUAUCAUCGAGUAAUGAUACAAAUAAUGAUGUCAGAGAUGUUCGUCGUUUAAAUACAGAUACAAUUACGUCUACUUUACGCCCAAUAACUGCUAAUUCAUUACCAUCGAAACCCAAUGACGACUGGGAUCCACAAAAUUCCGUGGGAAUGGUAAUAUCUCGACGGAAUCCAUCGUGUCCUAUUAUAUCGUCACCUGUUAAAUGUCAUAGUACAACAAGCAUAGGUAUAAAAGAAUCAAAUUCAAGUUCAUCCCAUUCAUCAACAAAAACAACAAAUACUCAAGAGCAACACAGACUUACACGCAAUCGACGAAAACAAUCAUUAGCUUCAACAUCACCCACAACAACGAGUGAAUGGAAACAUCGAGAAAUAUCACCUGGAUCACAAGCACCAUUAGUUUUUCAAACGACAUCAGAAAUACUAGGAACUUAUUCUGUAACAGAUCCUGUACACCCAUUCCUUCGCGAUUCAAAUCGUCGUUCUCGUUCAGCAACUAAAUCACCAUCAUCAUCGAUCGUUAUCACAGAUGAAAAUUGUCGUAACUUUAUACCACUUACUCUUCAUCGUUCUCAUCAGCAGCAACAUCAACCUUCUCACAUCGGCGAACAUAAUUUUCCAUCAUCAAGUAUUGUCGCUAUCACAGAUGAUAUAUUCAUUGGUACACUCCGCUCACUUCAAAAUGAACGUCAACUAUGUAAAUUGACUAUCGACUAUCUUAUUAAUGCAUCAAAUAUGCGACCAGAUGAAAUUGCACGCAAGUCAAUGGUUGGCAGUAAACUUCCAUGUACAUGUGGUCAACAACAUUCCCGUUGUAUACUUACUGUAGAAUAUCUUGAAAGUCAAAAAACAGCAAAAUAUUUAUAUCAUCUAUUUGAUGAAAUAAACAAAUUUAUUAUGAAAUCAAAAUUAAACGGGAAAAAAGUGUUAGUUUACGGUUAUGAUUAUUCAGUAUUUGUCAUUGUUAUUGCUAUUCAAUAUCUUAUGUCCAAUUGUGACUAUACGUUACCACAAGCAUAUGAAUAUGUUAUGCAAUUAAUACCUGGCGCACAAUCUCCCGAUUUAGAUAAAACGUUUUAUGAUCAUUUAAAACAAUUAGAUGCCUAUUUACAACGCGAUUCAUUCCCAAAACAAUUCAAUGAUUCUCGCUCAAAACGUGAUACAUCCUCAUCAUCAUCUUCGGCACGACGUAACAUUUCACCCAUAACAUCUGCAGUUGUUUCAUCUGCCUCAACAUCAUUUACAUCUUAUUCAACUGGUAUCGCUGGUACUAGAACAGCCUGGGAUAGUUAA